UUUUCUAACACUAGUGUAUCCUUCUCUUUAUAAAAACAAACACCCUCUUGUGUUUCUUUCAUUCAUCUACUCUCCACAAAAAAAAAAAAAUGAACAAUUUGAUUAGCUCUCUCGAACUCACAUCUCUCACACUUGAAGACCCGUGGCCUGCUUUCUAACCUAAAUUUCCUCGAGAAAAAAAAAAGAGAGCUAGAAUCUUAUCUUUUUUUCUUGGUUUCUUCAAAUUUUUUCUUAAACAAACGUUUUCAAAAAUCAUGGGUACCGGAGAAAAAACCCUGAAGAGCUUCCAGUUACAUCGCAAACAAACUGUCAAAGUCAAGGAUGUUCCAAAAGGGUGUUUAGCAAUCAAAGUGGGAUCUCAAGGAGAAGAGCAACAGAGAUUUAUUGUUCCUGUUUUGUAUUUUAAUCAUCCAUUGUUCAUGCAGCUGCUGAAAGAAGCAGAAGACGAGUAUGGAUUCGAUCAAAAGGGAACCAUCACAAUUCCUUGCCACGUGGAGGAGUUUCGUUACGUUCAAGCUUUGAUUGAUGGAGAGAGAUCGGUUUAUAAUGGUAACAACCAUCAUGGUGGCCGUGACCAGUAUCAUCAUCUUGUUGGAUGUUUCCGAGCAUGAUGAAUGAUGAUGAUGAUGAUGAUGAUGAUGAUGAUGAUAAAUUGAUGACUAGUGAUUUGUAUGUGUUCAAAUUUUAAUAUCUUUAUGGUUAAUCUUGUGGAGUUGUGGAGCCAAAACUGGCCUAACCCAUAAAAGGAAGUGAAUCUUUUUAGUUUUAUCGAUUUGUAGAAUCUUUGUUUUUCUGUAAUUUUAUGGAGUUUCAAGAUAAAAGAAAGUUAUUUGUUUCUGAUUUUA